AAUAAAAUCCCUCUCUCCCAUUUUCUCAUCCCCUUCUAUUUUUUCUCUCUGCCAAGAGACCCAUUCUCUCUCCCUUGAAAUUUCAAUCCUUUUCUAAUCAAAAAAACAAAAAAUUUGAGCAGAACCCAUUAUUUAUGUCAAUCAUAUCUCUGUAAAUUGUUCAAAAAGAUUUGAUUUUUAGUGUGAGGAUUUGUAGUUUGAGACCCCUGGUUUUUUGUUUUUGGUUGAGAAGAUGACAAGGAGGUGUUCUCAUUGUAGUAACAAUGGACAUAACUCAAGAACAUGUCCAACAAGAGGAGGUGUGAAAUUGUUUGGUGUUAGAUUAACAGAUGGAUCUUGUAUGAAGAAAAGUGCUAGUAUGGGGAAUUUGUCAUCUCAUUAUGGUUCUAAUUCUUCUAAUAAUGCAUCACCAAAUAAUCUUCAUAAUUCUUCUUCUCCUGAUCAUAAUAAUCAUUCUAUACCAGAAGGGUAUGUUUCUGAUGAUCCUGCUCAUACUUCUUGUUCUUCUAAUUGCCGGGGUGCUGCUGAGCGCAAAAAAGGUACUCCUUGGACAGAGGAGGAACACCGACUGUUCUUACUGGGUCUGCAGAAGUUGGGUAAAGGAGAUUGGCGUGGAAUUGCCCGUAAUUAUGUUGUCUCAAGGACUCCUACUCAGGUCGCCAGCCAUGCCCAGAAAUAUUUCAUCCGACAGAGUAAUGCAGCAAGAAGAAAGAGACGGUCUAGUCUAUUCGACAUGGUUCCAGACAUGUCUGAUACCCCAGCAGUUCCUGAAGAAGAACCAUUCUUUGUUGAGUCUGAGAUGGGUGAAACCGACAAUGUAAAAUCAUUACCUUCUUUGAACCUCUCCCUCGACCAUGUUUGUGAACAUAUGGAAACCACUUGCAACGAAACCUCACCGUCAGUAGAAGCCAUAGAAGAAGAGACUGCAGCAUGUAACAAUUUCACUCCAAUCCCAAUAUUCUUCCCAGCAUAUAUACCACUUCAAUACCCAUUCUGGCAGCCAAACCUUGGUUCUCCAAGCACUGAAGAGGAACAAUGUGGUAACGAGACUACCAUAUCUAAUCAUCGGGUCUUGAAGCCUACACCUAUCCUCGGAACAGACCGUGUAAAUGUUGAUGAAUUGGGCAUGUCUAAACUUACUUUAGGAGGCGGGAGUGGUAUAGGUGGAACUCGUAUCGAACCAUCGCCACUUUCCAUGGAGUUGCUUGGAGCUCCAUCCAGGCAGUCGGCGUUUCAUGUGAGUCGGCCAGCAACUGCAUCAGAUUUGGGAAAGAACAGCGAGGGUAACGCAAUCCAUGCACUUUAAGAAUCUGGUAAAUAAUAAAGAAAAGAAGAAAAAAAAAGUAUUUUUCUUUUAAAGAAUUUGUUUAGUCCUGUUUUUUCAGUUUUCAGUUGCUGUGUAUGUUCUCCCCUGUCUAUAAAUAUGUGUAUCUUCUUUCUUGUCAAUGAAUUCGUAGUGUAGGAAUUGACUUA